ACGAGCAUACUGCCUGAUCACCAAGAGAAGACGCCAUACUACGGAGUAGCAAUCCUACAGAUUCACCAUGUCCCACUCCGACUCUCCUCUCAUUCUCUACGACAUCUCCUCGCCGUUGCGACCUCGGUCGUACGCCCCCAAUCCCUCCAAGGCCCGCCUCGCGCUCAGCUUCAAACAUGUCCCGUUCAAAACCUGCUGGGUCGAUCUUCUCGACAUCCCCAAAGUGCGGCAGGACUUGAAGUGCCCUGCUACACGAAAGCUGGACGACGGCUCCGACUACUACACGCUGCCCAUGCUUCAGGAUCACUCCGGCAACAUCAUCGGCGACUCCUUCGACAUUGCCAAUUACCUCGAGGACGCAUAUCCGCGCUCGGGCGGCUGCCUCUUCCCGGUGAACUCGACACGGACAGGCCUGGACUACGAGAGCGCACACAGGAACACUGCGUUCCACGCCCCUCUCUCUCUGAACGAAGGGAAGAAGAACGAGGCCUACGCCAUCUUCAACACACAUGUCGACGCCACCUUCAGCGCCAACAUGCUCCUAUUUGGGUAUUACCUGCCGUUCGAGCCGGACAGCGCCGAGGCCGCCAAAGCUCAAAUGGUGCAGCGCGCGCAUUUGAGCUCCUGGGAAGACAUCAACAUCCAAGGUGAGGCGCGGGCGGGGCUGAUGGUCGCGUUUAAAGAGUCGCUGGCUUCGCUGGCGCAGCCGUUCACGGUCAAUGAAUCAGGGCCGUAUCUAGAGGGCAAGGAGGCGAACUAUGCCGAUCUGAUUGUGGGAGGAUGGCUGAAUAUGCUGAGCAUUAUCAUGCCGAAGGAUGAGUGGGAGGAGUUCAGGUCGUGGUAUGGUGGAGCUUUGGCCAGGCUACAUGAUGCGCUGCAAGAGGACUGCUUCGUGUGUACUUAGUUUGGUGUCGUCGUCAGUCUUGCAGUACGGAUCCAAUGUAAAGGUGGUGUACAUGUACAUGUUAUUUUUGCGAGAUUGAGAAACCGAGAAUCUCUAUUUCACGACCAACGAGUCUUCCGAGCUCUACGGUAGCUCUCACUGCAAGUGUCAUGCUGUGGGCAUUCUGUCGGUCCGCGAUGUCGAGCGCUGCGGCACCGCACUUCGCCUCACAAGUGAGGAGCGGUAAGUAUAUAUAGUACAGUAAUUUCUCCCUUAAGUAUGUACCCGUUUAGAUACGUAUACCAAUUAAUCUAACCAAUUUGCAGAAGAUUUUUCAGUGAUUAACAUUCUUAACGAUUUUACUAUAAAAUUUAGAGAUUUCAAUAUUUUCGACGAGUGCACUGUACAGUUCAAAUAUGUCAUUAUAAAUUUCAGCAAUUUCACUUUUCAGAGAUUUCACUGUAAAAUUCAGAAAUAUCAAUGUAACAUUAUCAUUGUAACUUAAAACAUUAUUUCGUUUUUUCUGUGUC